AUGCCUGACAUCUUUUGCUGUUCAUCCAUAAAGCUGCAUCCUCAGCGGCCCGACCAUGAGCAGAAAUUCGACAAAUUCAUGCAAUGGGCAAAAUUCGCUCCCUCAGAGCCAAGCAAUGAUCCUUCGCCCAUCAGCAAUACGAAUUACGCCUUCCGACUUGUGAAGCAUGUCAUUUUUGGGCAACAAGAGUCAUACUUUGUACCAACCAGCGACGGUAUCGAAUUCACAGAAAUCACGGAGGGCGAGUUUGCCAAAGAAGAUUUCUCAGUGAAAUUAGAUUUGUAUAAAAACUUCAGAUGCGAUACCCACAAUGUACUCUUCGAGCUCAAUCUGUGCCAGCAGCAUCCCAUUAAUGUGCGCCAGUGGCGGGCGAAUCCCGCUCAAGCCUCUGUAGAUGUCGAUUUGGUGUAUCAGAAAGGAAAGAUUGCCGAAAUCCCGUCUGCAAUAUCGAAAGCCGUGAAACAAAUCGGUCAAUAUGCCGACGGCUUUUCCAGCUCAGGCCUGUCCCCACGGAACAUGCAGCACCAAUCGAUGCUUCGAUCUGUACUUCCAAGAGUCAAGACAAACCUCGGCGCAAACCCACUUCUAUGUCUUCUUUCUCUUGAUUUAAUCAACAAUAAACUCAAGCUUGGCAUUGAGAUUGAAGAUCUUUGGAAGACCAACCUAAACAGUGACAAUAUCGUUACAUUUUUGUAUGAAUAUGCCAAGUUCUCCACUGGCAGCUCGGUCAAUAUCGGCGAAGUCGAAGAUGUAGUGGGCCGUGCAAUCCGCCGCACAGACUUACUCAGAAAGGAGCACAUCCACGGGCGCAGCAAGUUCAAAGAGAUUGUCAAUCAGGCCCUCGAUCUCGGUGGUAUUGUAGAACUGGGAGAUAAUUACCAUGAGUUUGAGCCAGAUGAUGCCUUACAUUAG